AUGUUGAGUAGCUUUUGAUAUUAAGUGCAAUAUGUUCCUGAACCAUUCAAUAUACUUCCGGGAGUACUUGAUUACCAUUUCCAGGCGAAGCCAUAGAUCAGAGAAUUACUAAUGAGUGUCGUGGUGAUAUCUCCUACAUCAUUGUCCACAGCGCCUGCGAUCCACAGCCCAUCCAGUGAGAGGCCAUCUGCAACAUCUCUAUCUCGCGAGCCGUACUUCCAUCGCUCGCGGAUACGUAGCACCGGGGAUAAUCCUCAAGUGCGACCGAUCUAUAUUCAUGUCCGCGACAACGACUCAGCCGGUACAGGUUCAGGAUGUCAAUGUCUUCCUCGCACCGAGUCUCGUAUGGCUGUCCCCAUUGGAGCAGCUGGAGGGCAGAACCUCCUGAUAAGCGGUGUUAUUUCCUUCUAGCCAGGAUUACCAAACGCAGAUAUCUAUUGUACUCCGAUAAUUUUUCCUCCACUUAUCACAGAAUCAUGAAUAUGUUACACCGUCAAAGGCACACACAACAAGAGAUCGUCAUUCCCUCUACCGUUGGAGGCCAGAUCAGAGGCAGAGGUGAAGGCAU